AUGGGGGGGAGCACGCGGAACCCAAGAGUCCUGCAGGGGGACAACGCUUCCGGCCAGUCUCCGUACCAGAGGUUGAGUCGAAGGAUGCUGGACAUUUCCGGGGACCGGGGCGUGCUGAAGGACGUCAUCCGAGAGGGUGCUGGAGAGCUGGUGACCCCGGAUGCUUCCGUGCUAGUGAAAUAUUCUGGAUAUCUGGAGCAUAUGGACAAGCCUUUUGAUUCUAAUUGCUUUAGGAAAACACCCCGGCUGAUGAAACUUGGAGAGGAUAUUACACUCUGGGGCAUGGAGUUGGGCCUUCUGAGCAUGAGGAGAGGAGAGCUGGCCAGGUUUCUGUUCAAACCAACCUAUGCCUAUGGAACGCUGGGCUGCCCUCCCUUGAUCCCCCCAAAUACCACUGUCCUGUUUGAGAUAGAGCUGCUUGACUUCCUGGACUCUGCUGAGUCAGACAAAUUUUGUGCCCUUUCAGCUGAGCAACAAGAUGAGUUUCCACUUCAGAAGGUCCUAAAAGUGGCAGCUACUGAACGGGAGUUUGGCAACUACCUUUUCCGCCAAAAUCGUUUCUAUGAUGCCAAAGUGAGAUAUAAGAGGGCCUUGUUGCUUCUCCACCGACGAUCAGCACCCGCUGAAGAGCAGCAUCUGGUGGCAGCAGCCAAGCUUCUUGUUCUCCUUAACCUGUCCUUUACGUACCUGAAGCUGGAGCGACCUACCACAGCCUUGCGCUAUGGAGAACAAGCUCUGAUCAUCGACCGGAAGAAUGCGAAGGCCCUCUUCCGGUGUGGACAGGCCUGUCUACUCAUGACUGAGUAUCAGAAGGCCCGAGAUUUUCUAGUCCGAGCCCAGCAGGAACAGCCCUUCAAUCAUGACAUCAAUAAUGAGCUGAAGAAACUGGCCAGCUAUUACAGGGACUACACAGAUAAAGAGAAAGAGAUGUGUCACCGAAUGUUCGCUCCUUAUGAUAAUGGCUCUACAGUAGGAGAAAAUUGA